AUGGCGGAUGAUAUGUGUGGGCCGUCAAACGCCUUGCAGAGCUUCCAGAAACACAGCACCGUCGAUCGGACGUUACAGCAGGACAGACUACUGAGUAGACCAUCGCCUUCUCAAGGGUUUAGAUCGAGUCCAGGUCCAUCUGCAGCACUCGCAAACCGCGAAUUCGAUGCUUUUCAAGCCGGGCACUUCUCCCCAGAGCCCCAACCCUUCCAUCCAGGAGCAUUCUCACAUGCUCAUCCUCCACCUCAACUACAACAGCCCGGACCUUCAGGAUGGGCAUCAGACUUUCAACGACUGAACAUCUCGCCUCCACCCCAACAAUUAAACCAACUGUUUACGCCCCAACAGCAAGAUGCAGGAGGGUGGCACCAAGAGUUUGCGCGGCAGAAUAAUCAAAUACCAACACCAACCCAUCAGUCAUCACCCUUCCAAUAUUCACCUAUGCGGCAAAUGGGCAUGAACUACAACGCCCAGUCCUUCACACCACAAUCCCAAGCCUCAAUGUCAAUAGAAAAACAACCUGAAGCCUUCGACGACGAAGCAUUCGCGCGGGCGUUUGAAGAAGCUGCUAGAAAUGAAGGGGUGCUUAGACAAGAUCCUGAGAUGGUCCAGAAUAACACACAGGAGCAGGGACAAGACCAAGAGCAAAGUGCCGACCUAGGCCAAGACAUCCUAAUCAACGAGUCCGCUACGCGCCUCCUCUCGCGCGACUCCGACGUUCUAUCCCAGCAAGCUCCCAUCGGUGCAGACCAGAUCCACAACCCCUCAUCGCCAGAGCGCGAGCCGCGGCAAGAAGACACGGAUCCGGACGCUUUGGCACGGACAGCGGGACAACUGCUGAAUAGUGUGCAGCAUGAUAGUAGUGCCAAGUUCCAGAAUAGUCAGUUUCUGGAACUGAUGCGCGGGCUGAGGGAUCGGGAGGUUAUGGUUAUGGGGGAUACGUUUGUGGGGGCGGAAGAUGGUGUGUCGGGUGCAGAUGCGGAGCGCGGAGUCACUCAGUCUUAUCCCUCUCCCCCUGAGGUUUCUGCUUGA